AUGGAGCACUUUCGGCACACCGCUCACAUCGGCACCCACUCUCUGAGCUAUGCUCUGCGGGGCAUUCCAAGGCAACCUGGAGCGCCCUUGGUGGUUAUCCUCUCCGGAAUCAGACGCAGCGCAUUAGACUGGAGCGCAGUUUGCCGCCAUAUUGAGUCCGAGAUGUCGGUUCUAUUAUAUGAACGCUCGGGAUACGGUCGCAGUGAAGAGUCUCCAAAUGAACCCGACUCUAUUACUGUUGUGGCUGAACUGUCCCGUCUGUUGACAGCAGUCGCCCUGGAACCGCCGUACCUCGUUGUGGGCCAUUCCUGGGGUGGAAUUCUCGCCCGGGAAUUCGUCGCCGCCCGGCCCGUCGAGGACAUUUAUGGACUUGUUCUGGUCGACCCAGUACAGGAACGCAUGCAGUUUGAAACAUGGCCGGACGACAGCAUUGAAGCCGUUAUAGACGGGCUGGACUACAUGGAAACAGUUGGGUUGACAAAGGACCAUCAAUUAACGGAGUCGGAGUGGAACGAUCUUGUGGCGGAGGAGUCGAGCAGCAAGCAUGCUCGACAGGCAGGCCGAGAGCUGCCAUAUCUACAAGUUAGCCGCGCCGUAAUCGCCGAAAAGCAGCAGUUAAUCCCUGGCCAAGACUUGUUAAAGGGAAAGCCCCUCAGUGUGCUCAUGGGAAACUCAAAACAAGACCUCGAGCGAUUGUAUAAGGCGGGCGUGGCUAAUGGAAGAGGUACUGAAGUCCAGCGAGCCAAGUUCCGCGAAUAUCUGGCAAAGUGGGAGCAGAACGAAGAAUCCUUUCAGCGGGAGCUCCUCCAUAUGUCGAGCCUGGCACGAUUCUCUGCAACGACACGAAGUGGCCAUAAUAUCCAACUCACAGAGCCAGAACUGAUAGCAAAUGAGAUUCGUUGGGCAUUGCAAAAUUCCCAAAAUUGA